GAACGGGAAACAGUAGAAUCUAAAACAUGGAAAAUUCGACAUUGAAAGCUCAAAAAACAAACAAAUGGAGAGGGAGACAGAAAAUGAAUCAUCGCCUUAAUUAAGGUGUUCUGCUACGUUUUCUUUCUGCGAGAAUGACUGCGUUAAUUGCUCGAGUUCUCAAUUGAUGGUUUUCUAACUCUACCUGCUUAAGGCCUGUUUUUCUAUCUAAUGACUAGUCAUCGUCGCCUACGAAGUAAAACAGCGUCGGAUCUAAUAAGUCAAUUGCCGGAAGAUGUAAAGCACAGAAUCCUGGAGUGCUUAAGUUAAGCACUCAAGAAGCUGCCAGAACUGCUCUCAUCUCAACUCAAUGGCAUGAUGUUUGGUUGCAGCAUGGUCGUCUUGUCUUCGACUGGAGCUUAAGAGAAGAUUUAACAAAAGAUGUAGACGAAGAAUCCUCGGCCUUAGUGAAAACGAUACCUAGCGUUCUCUUGUUCCGUUCUGGACCUGUUCAGAAAUUUACCUUCUUUGCUUGUCAAGAUGAACCUACUGUGCCGAAGUCUGAUUUAGAUCUGUGGCGCCUUUUUCUAUCCAGAAAUGGCAUUGAGGAACUUAAACUCUCUAUUCCGGUUCAUGAAUACAGUGAAGAAGCACACGCUGCCGUUUUGUCUGAUUUCUUGCCUCACAAUUAAGCAACUGGAACUUGAAUAUGUGGAUUUUUGUUUCCCUGCUAGUGCUCGACUUGGGAUUAUAUUUCCCAGUGUCACCUAUUUAAGGUUUGAUACGACUAAGUUUAAGCGUAAUGCUAGUGGAGUUCCCCUCAAGAUUCCUAAUCUUGAAGAGCUGGUGUUUUUUUAUUGUAUUGACAUGGACAAUUUCGUGAUCAGUGCCCCAAAACUUAAAAGCCUCACUUUCACGGAAUGUUCGCUUGUGACGGAAUGGAGAUGGUUUGAGCUUCACUUUCCUGUGAUCAAGACUCUUAUGUUUUGUGCACAUAUGUUUACAGUGAGAACAUGGCCUUUCAUAAAGUUUUCUUUCUUUCACAAUGAGUUGUGGAAAUACAUGUUUCUUUGCUUGUCUUGUUAGUAAGUUCUUGUCUCACUCAAAGUUAACUCUUAGUUUUGUUUUAGGAGGAUUCUAUGGUAUCAAUGUACCUUGCCUUUGUUCACGUGGUCCAAUCAAAAUGUUGUAUUUGAAUUAUUUAAAUAUAAAUUAAAAAUAAUAUAAUGAUUUGGACCAAUCAAGGGAAUGAUAGGUAUAGUGUCCCAUUUUGUAAAAGGGUACCGUAGUUGUCACCUUUGUUUUAUCCUAUUUUUUCUCUAUUUAAUUAGGAUCAUGGUGAAGAAUUUAAUGUGCAUGAGAGGUUCCCAACUGCAAUAAACUUGCAAGUGAUUAAGAUGGAUGAUUGCUGUUUUGCUUGCCCAGAGUGCUUACCUGUUGUUAUUCAAUUUCUUAAAAAAUGUCCAAACCUAUGCGAACUGGAAUUUGGUCACGGAUUUGAGGAGGCACAUUUGAGGGGUGCUGAUCUAAGUAUUUUGGAAAAUCCAGAUGAUUGGUUUAAUAAUCAAGAUCUGUGCAAGCUUAAAACAGUUAAGAUGAGAUCAUUUAGAGGAUUACGAUCAGAAAUGCUCUUGAUCAAAACAAUUCUUUCAAAGUGCCCUAGACUUGAGGAAGUUCUAAUUGAAGAAUAUAAUCGUGUUCAUGCCCCCGUGGCUCUCAAAACCACAAGGGAGAUGAUCAGAUUCCCUCGCGCAUCUCCAGUAGCACAAGUAAUCUUCUUGGACACCGAAUAAAGCUAUACUCCACUGGCUGAUUUGUUUCUGCAUAAUAUUAGGCUAUUUGUAGCAGUUCAGAAGGCGUAGUUCCAUGGGUUCUGGUUGUGCAUAUAACAUCACAGAAUUUUGAUCACCUGUUAUGCAAAAUAUUUGGGUUGUAUCUAAUAUGCCUCAAUCUCAUUUUGUGACUGAAGGUUUCUUCAAUUUUCAUUUCAUGGUUGCAACUUGAAACUUAUGGCUCAGAAAGUUCGAGCAAUUUUGAAGUAACAUACUGAGGUUUAUUGGCUUUUGCUUUGUACGGAGGUUUGUUUCUGCUGAUAUAUCUCUGAGACUGUCUAUCAUCAAAUUACAUCCUG